GCACUUUAAAACCCUAAAAUCCAAAACCCUACUUUUCCGCUUCACUCUAGUUUUUAUUUCAUCUCCAUCUGUACACUCUGCGCACUCUCUCUCUCUCUCAACAAAGUGUGAGGUUCCAUUUUCUAACUAGUACUUGGUUUGUGGUCGCUGCAGUAGAUAUCUCACACCCACCAGACCACCACACCUCUCUCAAUUCCCUAUUUUUUGUUCACAUUUCCCACUGUCCAAGAAGAAAGAGAGAACCCACAUUUUUUUCCAAAAAAAAAAAAAUAUGGACUCGAGAGAACCGCCACCGCCACAGCCACCACCACAACAACUACAGCCACCGCAUGCACCACCACCACCACAAUCACAAUCAAACAUGAUUCCGGGCCCUAUCUCCUAUCCAGCAACCGCUUCUCCUCACCUGAUCAACAACCGCAGUAUAUCUCCUCGGAAUGCUGCUAUUGGUGGUGGCUUCCCCUUCAAUCAGAUGUCAGCCCAGCGGCUGCAAUCCAAGCCUGAAGGUGCUUUUGAUGGAUCGUCGCCCACAUCUUCUUCAGGGAUGAGGUUUAGUAUAGAGCCCGCCAAGAAGAAGCGCGGGAGGCCCAGGAAGUACACACCUGACGGUAACAUUGCCUUGGGUUUGUCACCCACCCCCAUUCAUUCAGGAAUGUCGGCUGGUCAAGCCGAUUCUAGUGGUGGAGCCGGAAGCGGUGUCAUGCCUGAUGUGGCAUCUGAGCAUCCCUCUAAAAAGCAUAGAGGAAGGCCGCCAGGUUCUGGGAAGAAGCAGCUUGAUGCCUUAGGUGGGACUGGAGGCGUAGGGUUUACACCGCAUGUCAUUACGGUGAAAGCAGGAGAGGACAUUGCAUCAAAGAUUAUGGCUUUUUCACAGCAAGGGCCACGGACAGUUUGUAUUCUCUCUGCAAAUGGUGCCAUCUGCAAUGUUACACUUCGCCAACCAGCAAUGUCUGGUGGUUCUGUGACAUAUGAGGGCCGCUUUGAAAUCAUUUCUCUAUCAGGCUCCUUCUUGCUUUCUGAAAGUAAUGGUAGUCGGAGCAGAACUGGUGGUUUGAGUGUGUCGCUGGCUGGAUCAGAUGGUCGGGUUUUGGGCGGGGGAGUUGCUGGAAUGCUAACGGCAGCUUCUGCUGUACAGGUAAUUUUGGGCAGCUUCAUUGCAGAUGGGAAAAAAUCAAAUUCAAAAUCAUUAAAAUCUGGACCUUCCUCAACACCCCCACCCCAGAUGUUGAAUUUUGGUGCUCCAUUAACCACAGCUAGCCCUCCCUCUCGAGGGGGCUCUAGCGAGUCUUCGGAUGAGAAUGGUGGCAGUCCUGUUAAUCGGACUCCUGGAAUUUAUGGUAACCCUAGUCAACCCAUUCAUAAUAUGCAGAUGUACCAACUAUGGGGUGGCCAAAAUCCAGAGUGAAAAUGCUUCCCACUCAACAAUACUGUGCUUAGGACCACUGACCUGGCAGUCCUUGCAUGGUAUAUUCAAGUCAAAUCCUAAUCCUAACACGUGCGAUUGAAUACAAAGCAUGGAUGAGCUCCUCUUUAGUGUAGUUCAGAUUAUUUUUUUCUUGAGUAGUUUUUAUUAAUUUCUUCCCAGUUUCUCACUGAUUUAGACACAGCCAUGGCUGCCCUAGGAACGUCUUAGUUCCGCUUGUUGUCUAGUUGUGUUACUUUUGCUGUAUUUCUCUAGUUGUAAAAGUUAUGAUUAUAACGGAUGUCUUCAAAAAGAUUUGAUUGGGAAUUUUGUUGUCUAUGUUCAUUUUGAUGGUUUACGCA